CGGAAGUUGAGUGAGUAGGUAUACGUAGGGAUAUCAUGGAACAAUUUACGUAAUUUUAUUUCCUUUCAGAAAAAUGGAUCAUAUAUAAAACAGGUCAAGAAACUGAUGUGUUCAAUUUUUACAAUUUUUACAAUUAACUGUUAAAGAUGGCUUUCUCACAUAUAUUUGGAAUUACAGUAUUACUGUUAAACAUAAUAUUUACUAAUGGUCAACGUCCCUCCGCUAUUGGACAAAAUAUGCUUGGUCAACGUAAUAUAUUUGGGAUGCAAGGAAUGCCAGGAAUGCAAGGAAUGCCAGGAAUGCCAGGAAUGCAAGGAAUGCCAGGAAUGCAAGGAAUGCAAGGAAUGCCAGGAAUGCAAGGAAUGCAAGGAAUGCAACGAUUUUUAAAUGGUCAGAGAUCUGGUUUUCCAGGAAUGCAAUUUGGACUAAAUGGAGGCAUUCCAUCUCCUCCAGGAUUUCAACCACUGACUAGACAGUUAUCAAAUAUGUUACCGCAGCAACUUCGGAAUGCGCUACCAAGAACUCCAUUUAAUGCUCCUGCAGUUAAUGGUGUUAAUAAUGUGUUGGCUGGAGGAAGGCAAGGGUUUACAGGCAGAUUUGGGGGAGCAACAGGAGACGAAUUGACGAGACAACUUUCUCCUGCUCCUGCAUCAGGGGGGUUUGCUGGAGCAGGUGCACAGACCAAUGGUGCUGCAACUGCGGGAGGUGCAACAGCUCAAGGCAGAGCUCAAUUUGGAAUGCCCCCGUUCCCCGGUUUUAACCGAGCACAAGGACAACCCCCAAAUUUUAAUUUUCAGAGACCAGGUGGUAUGCCUUUCGGACAACGAUUACCAGGAGGUAUUCCAGGUCAACAACAAAGAGGUACUCCAGGUCAACAACAAAGAGGGCCUAGAAAUCAACCUCAGGCUGUAAUGCCUCAAAAUAUUGGUAGUAUCGACAUGAGCAGUAUACAGCCAGGACAAAACCUUGGUAAUGGGAUCCAACAAACUAUGACAUUCCCUUCUCAAACAGCUCGCGCACAACCAGCAGCAAAUCAAUUUCCAACAGCCUUUAAUCCCCAGCAAGGUCAAACCCAAGACAGACAGUCACAACAGACAAUUGGAACACAACAAGCAUUCAGACCGCCACAAAUGUUUGGAUCUGGUAACCAACAAAAUUUUGGAACACCACAAAAUUUCGGAACACCACAAAAUAUUGGAGCGCCUCAAAAUUUCGGAACACCACAAAACAUCGGAACACCACAAAAUUUUGGAACACCAACAAAUUUCGGAACGGCUCAAACUUUCGGAGUACCACAAACCUUUAGACCAGCACAAAGUCAACAGCCAUUUGCACCACAACCAGCUAAUAUUGCUAAUACAGGUGCAAUAGCACAACCGACAGGAGUUCAACCUGUAGCAUUUCCUUCACAAACAAUAACACGACCUCUGGGGGUUGGUAGACCAUCGUCGGGAGUAUUUAUUCCUCCAGGUGCGCCUUCACUUUUACCAGGCGAAGUUGAAAUAGCGCCACCAAUUAGUCCAGCCGAUGCUGCAGUAAUGCAGAGUGGUUCUAAUGGUGGUCCUCCUACAGCUGUUUCGGAAAUAAUCACAAUAUCUGAUAUAAAUGGAAAUAUAUUAUACAGAGGCGUUGAUUUAUCCGACACAGAUAUAGAAAAAAUUACACAACAAUUAGUUAAUAAUAUGACCAAUGAACAAGCUGCAGCACAGGCUAAUAAAGGUCGUGAGUUAGAAGCUCAAGGUCAGCUCGACUCAAUUGUGCCACCGUCUGGACCAACAGGUCAAAUGACAGGAGGACAACAAACAUCUGGAUCACAACCUCCACAACAGCCUCCAUCCAGUGGAUUUACUGGUCAAGGAUUUUCUUCAUGGGGACAGCCUUCACAAGGAUUACGUUUUCCAGGUCAGGGACAGGUGCAGGUAGUCGGUGAUAGUAGGACUGUAUUGAAUUUGAUAGACCCUCCUAUUAACAAGGUAGCACCAGCCAGAAGAACUCGUUGAUAGUGCUUCUGUAUACAGACUAAAUUUUGCGUCCAAGACGAAACUGAAAUGAGAGGGGCUUUCAUGUGUCAACCAUUAAAAAGUAAUCUAAUUACAAAACCAAGAGACAGCUUCGUUAUACUUUAAUUAUUAUAUUGAUGUUUUGGAAGGCGACUUUCCUGGAAUGAAUGGAACUUGCUUUAAUUAUAGACGUUUAGGUUUUUAUAGUUUAGAUGAUCUGACUAUGCAGUUACUUCUCCUAAAUCAAUUAAAGAGAUAGCUUGUAUGGUCUGACAUUGUAUAUACAAGUUAAUACACCAAAAAAGUAAACUACAACUCAUGUAAUAAUGUCUCUUUGUUUCCGUAUUAUGUCGUUUAAUGGUAAUCAUAGAAUUGAAAAAAAGUAAUUUUUCGCUGAAAACUUUAUAUUGAAAAUUGAAAUGUUUUUGUUGUUGUAACUUUAUACUUUGUAAAUAGCAGUUCAAUAAAACAUACAUGUGAUUAUA